GUAGCCAAGAUAACAGCCAAUUUGGCUAUUGGCGCUUGCGUCUCGUGCAGGGGAUUGGAGCCGGACGUCGUGCUUGUGCACGGAGGCUUCCAUUUACACGAUGUAAAUUUUCCUCAAAAAAGGAAAGAUAAUGAGGUGAACGUUUUCCAGACAAAAUUUUCGCUUUCAUCAACAUUUGACCCAGCAGCAUGGCUUCGCGCAACGUAGCAGCAAAACAGGUUGGCCGGAGGAAGUCUUCGGACAUAGUAAUGCCUGUCGAUGGCGAAGGGCCAGUCAACAACGACGAACAACAGCCUACAUCCUCAAAAGUAGUCAAGAAAAAGAAAAAGAAGACGCAGGAAGAGGAGGAGCACGAAGAGACCAAAACCCAUCGGGCGCACGAGUCCAAGCCGGAUAUCAGGAAACCCGACGGCAAGGCGGACACUCCCGACAAGAAAGCCGAUUCCUUCAUGGAUCAGGGUAGCACCAGCUCUGCGAGUGCCUCCAAAAAAGUUGUUACAGACAUCUGGAUUAAUCCCAAGGAAACGGUCAACUGGAACCUUGACUCUCUGGUCACGCUCAACGUGUUAGGAAGAGGCAGCUUCGGCAUCGUCUACUUGGUGCGGCAUAGAGUGAACCGCCAGCUAGCUGCUCUCAAGUAUAUACGCAAGAAGAACCAGAAUCCGGAAAAGGAGCGCAAGCGUGUGGACAUCGAGAAAGCGGUCUGGGAAGCCGUCACCGAUCACCCUUUCGUCGUCACGUUUCGCGCCUAUUUUGAGACAGCGAAAGGGUGGUGCUUCGUUAUGGAAUAUCUCCCAGAAGGCUCCAUUCGCGAUCUUGUUCGUAAGAAAGGACCUUUCAAGGAAGAAACGGCGAGACUCCUUUCAGCACAAGUGGCCCUCGCUAUUCAGCACGUGCACGAGAAAGGCUUCCUGCACAGAGACAUCAGCUCCUCGAACGUGCUCAUCGACAGCCGAGGAAACGCCAAGCUUAUUGAUUUCGGUUUGAGUCAGGUUGGGACAGAAGCCUGGUGUCGCUGUGGUUCGCUAGCAUACAUGGCACCUGAGGUCAUCAGACAAGAACUUUACGGCAUGUCGGCAGACUGGUGGUCCUUCGGCAUCGUGCUUUUCGUCAUGCUCGUGGGAAAGACACCAUUGGCCAUCUACGCUGCCGAGAAGGGGGUAGAUCUACACCUUGCCAGGAGAGAUAUCAGAUAUCGGCUUGCCCUAAUAGCGCCAUUGAAAAUCCCGAGGUCCUUAUCUCGCUCCGCGCAGACACUGCUGAGAGAAAUUUUGAAAGAGAACCCGAAGCGGCGACUUGGCAGCAGACCAGAGGGUGGCUUUGACGACCUAAUGAAGAGUUCCUUCUAUGCUGCGAUCGAUUGGACCGAAGUAUCGUGCGGCUCUCUUCCCAGCACAACGCGGGAAGACGGCUCCAACCUCUCAACAUAGCACUCUAUUGGUACAUCUUUGAACAAUUUGUGGCAUCAAUGCCUAUCAAGUUCCAAAAGAAAAUUUUCUGCGCUUGCUACACUCCCAGAUCGACUGCACAAUGGGUUGCACACCUCAAAAAGGCACUCUCUUCAUGACUACUUUUCUAGUAGCCAGUCACAGGAUUUUCGAACUGGCAUUUGCGCAUGCACGUGUAUGAUAGAUCACGAAUUUGUUAUAGACCUAAUACAGACCUAAGUAAUGCUUCAAAUGGAACUGCUGUCUUGGACAGUUCAUCCCUGUGCGUAGGUUCAAACUGCAUUAGCUAAAAGUAUGAGAGAAUAUGAACUGAGUAUGGCAAUUAUGUGUGUUCCGUGAGCACAAUUUGCUCGCGACCGAUUUUGAUACGCCUCUUACUCUUAAUAAAAAUAUGUUCGAUAUGGA